AUGCCGCCAAGAACCAGUGUCUUCGACGCGAAGCGCCUCAUUGGCCGCAAGUUCGCCAACGUGGAGGUGCAGGCUGACCUCAAGCACAUCCCGUUCAAGGUCAUCGACAUGGGCACCAGACCCUACAUCCGGGUCACCUACCGCGGCGAGGACCAAGGAUUUUCGUCCGAGGAGAUCGCGUCCGUAGUCCUCACCAAGUUGAAGGAGAUUGCUGAAUCUUACCUCGGCAACACCGCCACUAAGGACGCCGGCACGAUCUCUGACUUCAACGUCCUCCGCAUCAUCAACGAACCCGCCGCCGCCGCCAUCGCCUACGGUCUCGACAAGAAGGUCACCGGCGAGGGUAACGUCUUCCUCGAUCUCAGCGGAGGUACUCUCGACGUUUCGUUCCUCACGAUCGAGGAGGGCAUUUCGGAGAUCAAGGUCACUGCCGGAGACACCCACUUGGGUGGUGAGGACUUCGACAACCGCCUCGUGAACCACUACGUCCAGGAGUUCAGGCGCAAGCACACGAAGGACCUCUCCUCCGACGCGCGUGCCCUCCGCCGUCUCCGCACUGCCUGCGAGCGCGCCAAGCUCACCCUCUCUGCUGCCACCCAGAUGUCAAUCGAGACCGACUCGCUCUUCGAGGGUAUCGACUUCUACACCUCGCUCACCCGUGCUCGCUUCGAGGAGCUCUGCCAGGAGAGGUUCCGCUCCACGCUCGAGCCGGUCGGGAAGCUCUUCCGUGAUUCGAAGAUCGACAAGUCCAACGUUUACGAGAUCGUUCUCGUGGGUGGCUCCACCCGUAUCCCCCGCAUCGUCAAGCUCGUCCCGGACUUUUUCAACGGCAAAGAGCCCAACAAGUCAAUAAACCCCGACCAGGCCGUCGCCUGCGGUGCCGCCGUCCAGGCCGCUAUCCUCACUGGUGACACUUCGGGGAAGACGCAGGACUUGCUCCUUCUCGACGUCGCGCCCUUGUCUCUUGGUAUCGAGACCACUGGUGGUGUCAUGACGCCGCUCAUCAAGCGUAACACGACCGUCCCGACCAAGAAGUCCGAGAUCUUCUCGACUUACGCCGACAACCAGCCCGGUGUCUUCAUCAAGGUCCUCGAGGUCGCUCAGGACACCACUGAAUCUUACCUCGGCGACACCGUCGCGUCCGCCAUCGUCACUGUCCCUGCCUUCUUCAACGAUUCGCAGCAUCAGGCCACCAAGGACGCCGGCACGAUCUCUGGCCUUAACGUCACGGGCGACAGUACCGUCCUCCUCGAUCUCGGCGGAGGAACUUUCGAUGUCCAGCUCUUGACGAUCGAGGGCGGCAUCGUCGAGGUCAAGCCACCGCCGGUGACACCCACUUGGGCGGAGCACAAGGAGGACCUCUCCUCCAACCCGCGCGCCCUCCGCCGUCUCCGCACUGCAUGCGAGCGCGCCAAGCGCAAUCUCUCGCUUGCUACCUGGAUCUUCAUCUUGACCGACUCGCUUUCCGAGCGUAUUCAUUCCUACACCCCGCUCACCCGUGCCCGCUUCGAGGAGCUCUGCCAGGAGCUCUUCCGCUUCACUCUCGAGCCCGUCGAGAAGAUCGUUCUCGUCGGUGGCUCUACCCGUAUUCCCUGCAUCGUCAAGCUCGUGUCCGACUUCUUCCACGAUAAGGAGCCCAACAAGUCGAUCAACCCCGACGAAGCCGUUGCCUACGGUGCCGCCGUUCAGGCCGCCAUCCUUACUGGCGACAUUUCGGAGAAAACGCAGGACCUGCUCCUUCUCGACGUCGCGCCAUUGCCUCUUGGGUAUGUCAUAUUUUGUCCUGACUCUCGCAAGCGUAACACGACCGUCCCACCCAAGAAGUCCGAGAUCUUCUCCACCUACGCCGACGCCCAGCCCGGUGUCCUCAUCCAGGUCUUCGAGGCUCUCCGGUACCCCGCCGGCGCCGCGCGGUGUUCCUCAAAUCGAGGUCACCUUGGACAUCGACGCCAACGGUAUCCUGAACGUCUCCGCCUCCGACAAGACGGCCGGCAAGUCGAACCGCAUCACGAUCACCAACGACAGGGGCCGCCUGUCGAAGCAGGAGAUCGAGCGCAUGGUCAACACGCCGAGAAGUACAAGGCUGAGGAUGAUGCCGCGGCCGCCCGCAUCACCGCCAAGAACAGCCUCGAGUCAUACGCCUAUAACCUCCGCAACUCGCUCCAGGACGAGAAGCUCGCGGGCAAGUUCGCCCCCGCAGACAAGUCCAAGCUCGCCUCGGCCAUCAACGACACGAUCUCGAGGCUCGACGCGUCGCAGGAGGCCUCGAAGGAGGAGUACGAGGAGAGGCAGAAGAAGUUGGAGAGCAUCGCUAAGCCCAUCAUGCAGAAGCUCUACGGCGCGGCAGGCGGUGCACCCGGUGGCUUUCCCGGCGGCGCACCGGGCGGCUUCCCCGGUGGCGCACCGGGCGGCUUCCCCGGUGGCGCACGAGGCGGCGCGCCCGAGGACGGCCCGUCGGUCGAGGAGGUCGACUAA